AUGUCUGACCCCGUGGCAGCUCCUGCAGCUCCGAGCGCUCCCCGUACCCGUAAUCGACGCCGUGCGAGAGGCCCCGCCAACCGCGAUGGCCAACAAAAUACAUCAGCGCAAGCAGCAGAUGGUCAACCUCCAGUCCUAACACCACAGACUCAGCCUGGUACUGGCUCGAGUACCGUCGGCUCGAAUGGCCCACCUCGACCUCCGAGAAGAAAUCGUGAAGGUGGAGGGCCUCGACCACGAAGGGGCCGUGGCAAUGGCUCGCAAAAACCGACGAUGGAGAAUGGAGAACAAUCAGAACAACAGCCUCAGGCUCAGUCGCGUGGGAUGCGUCUCAGAGGUUUUGGCGGUGGCGCUCGGCUGACCAAACCCGAGCAAGAAUCUGACGACGGAACACUAGUGGAAGGCCUUCGGGCUGAUGUGGCGGCUUUUGUACCUGGCGUGCCAACCUCAAAUAUGGAUUCAGGCCCAUCGACAAAAGGGAAAGGGAAAGCUAAGCCGAAAGGACCGCCAAAGCCACCCAAGGUGACAACGAAGUCAAUAGCGAACGAUAUUGCAACCCGAAUCCACGAAGACAUCGCCCACAACCUUUACGAAUGCCCUAUUUGCACCAGCGAGCUAGGUCGACGGUCUAAAGUUUGGUCGUGUGAGUUAUGUUGGACUGUAUUCCACUUGAGCUGCAUCAAGAAAUGGUCCACAAAUGAAGGUGCGGCUGCCCAGAAUAACAACAGAGAGCCAGAAAACGGUGAAGGCUCUGCUCAACCACGGGCUUGGCGAUGCCCCGGUUGUAACCUUUCACACGAGCACUUCCCUACCAGUUACACAUGUUGGUGCGAAAAAGAGGUUGAUCCUAGGGCAUUUCCUGGUUUACCACCGCACUCUUGUGGUCAGACAUGCUCCCGACCCCGGAAGGGCUGCCCUCAUCCAUGUGAUGCAACUUGUCACGCUGGUCCAUGCGCUCCUUGCAUCGCAAUGGGCCCAACGCAAGACUGCUUUUGUGGUCGAAACUCCAGCACAAAGCGGUGUCAGGAUACCAAUUAUGAACAAGGAUGGAGCUGCGGAGAGAUCUGUGGUGACCUUCUUCCCUGUGGAGAACACUUCUGCCCGCUCCCAUGUCACGAAGGCCUCUGUGGUGCCUGCGAGGUCAAGAUUGAAGCCCGUUGCUAUUGCGGAAAGGUGGAAACCGAAAUGCUUUGCAACUCGAAAGAAGAUGAAAAGGAUAGCCAAACUGUUCAUGCCGAUGGAACCAAAGAAGAAUGGACGGGUAUUUUCAGCUGUAAUGAUGUUUGCAACCGUACCUUCGACUGUGGGGUACAUUCAUGUCAAAAGAGCUGUCACCCACAGGAUUCGCUUCCUGCCCAUUGCCCAAGAUCACCAGAUGCUGUUACCCGGUGUCCAUGUGGCAAAACUGAGCUGAGCGACAUCCCAGGAUACACCCCUCGUACAUCCUGCGAGGCUGAAAUUCCGCAUUGCUUGGAGUCGUGUGGGAAGAUGCUGCCAUGUGGUCAUUCAUGUGAUCAAAUUUGCCAUACAGGCCCUUGUGGAUAUUGUCUCCGCCGUGUACCGGUCAGUUGUCGAUGUGGCCGCAACACCUCCAUGAGUGUCUGCCAUCAAGGUGAUGUUCAAAACCCUCAAUGCUUCCGUACGUGCAAGGCUACUUUGCAUUGUGGUCGACAUACAUGCAGCGAAAGAUGCUGCCCCGGGGAACAGACAGCCAUUGAGCGUCAGGCUUUGCGCCGCAAGCUAAAGGCUCAUCUUCGCCCAUCCGAUGAGGAUGUCGAGGCCGAGCAUAUCUGCACCCGUAUAUGUGGUCGGAUGCUGAAGUGUGGAAAGCAUACAUGCCCGGAGCUCUGCCACAAAGGUGCUUGCAAUACAUGCCGUGAAGCUGUGUUUGAGGAGAUUUCAUGUAAUUGCGGAAGGUCGAUUCUGUAUCCGCCGCAGCCUUGUGGAACGCAACCCCCUGCGUGCUCUUUCCCUUGCAAUCGUCCUAAGACAUGUGGCCACCCUCAGACAGCCCAUAAUUGUCACGUCGAUGAAGAGACAUGUCCAAAGUGUCCUUUCUUGACCGAGAAGCCAUGUCUGUGCGGCAAGCGGGUGAUGAAAAAUGUGCCCUGUUGGCUCACAGACGCCCGCUGCGGCCAAAUCUGCGGACAACCAUUAAAAUGUGGUUCACAUUUCUGCAGAAAGGAUUGUCAUCGGUCAGGAGAUUGUGAGGAUGCAAACAAGCCGUGUCAGCAAAGCUGUGGUAAAAACAAGACGCUUUGUAGUCAUCCAUGUACUGAACCUUGCCAUGCGCCAUACCCUUGCCCAGAAAAGACACCAUGCGCAUCCACCAUCACAGUCACAUGUGGAUGUGGACGUCUGCGUCAGGAAAGACGAUGCAACGCUGCCAAGGCGGUCAUUUUCAAGGGUCAGCUACAGCAACCGGAGCGUCUGCCAGUACUCACUCCCUUGGCCUGUGAUGAUGAGUGUAGCCGGCUAGAGCGUAAUCGCUCCUUGGCAUCUGCUCUCGGCGUCGACAUCAAUCAAACCACAACUGCCCAAGCCAUAUCUUCUACCAACCUCCCCUACUCCACAGAAACCCUUGAUCAUUACAUCAAACUUGCUUCGACGGUAUCUCUUUCGACUCUGCAAACAUAUGAAUCCACAUUGCAUUCUUUGGCAGUCGACUCCUCCAAUCGGUCAACCCGUUUCCAGCCCGCGAAAUCUGCCCUUCGACAAUUUACUCAUUCCCUAGCAAUAGAUUGGGGCUUUGUAACCGAAAGUCACGACCCAGAACCUCAUCGCCACGUCUUUGUCUUGAAGCCGUUGACCUGGACCCCACCUAUAUUUGGCAUGGGUAGUGGCUCAUCAAUCGGCAUUGGUGGGAUGAGCGUGCGCGAAUGCGUGAAGCUUCGCGAACGCGAGCGCACCAAGGAGCGUGAAGCCCAACAAGCUGCAGCCCUUGAGGCCAAGGCUGCCCGUAUUGCAGCGAAAGCACAAUCUGGCGUGUCUGGGGAUGGUUGGGCUCAAGUUGCUUCUCGGUCGAAGGGCAGUGCUAGUAGUACUAGGAGUACUACGCCUGUCCAGAAUCCGUUUAGCAGUCGGACCAUGUUCUCCGCCCUUUCUGGAGAAGGAGUGCAAGAUCCAUCGUCUAAGAAGGAGCGUUUAGUUCUUCGGUCGGGCAUCGGUGCUGGCAAGGCAUUGCGUAAAGAGCUUGCGGCUGAGGUAGUGGAUAGCUGGGAGGAAGCAGAGGAGAAAGAGGAACAAGAGGAACGUGAACAGAACAAGAUCGCAGUCACCCUGGAUGAAGAUCAGCAGCCAUCAGCUCCUGUGUCUGAUGUACAGCAUGUCGAUCAGCCAGCUGAGACUGGCGAUAUUGCCACCGAUGUGGUGGAUUGA